AUGGCGCCUUCGCCAGAGAAGGCAUGCUUAUCCGCGCACGACCGCGAAGCGAAACAAAUGAGACUUUAUGGGGCUUACUAUCGACUGGGCGCUUCUAUUCCCAUUGUCGCAACGUUUCUCCUCUUCUGCGCCUAUCGCGGUUACUGGACCUCAGUUCCCGGGCUGGGACUAUCCAGGUCCUGUCGUGCAGACCCAGAUGUGCAAGCCCAAGACGAGUCAUUCGACUGGUUGAAAAUCCAACCCACGGAACAGUUCGAGUUCCAUGACUGCUUCGAUGGCUUUCAAUGUGCUCGACUUUCGGUGCCGAUGAACUGGGGCAAUGUCUCCAUCCCAGAUCGAGUCUCCAUUACUGUGAUUAAACAACCUGCGAAAGUGGCAGUUACAGAUCUUCGCUAUGGAGGUCCCAUUCUGAUGAACCCUGGCGGCCCUGGAGAGUCUGGCAUCUUUCAAGUACUUAGCGGAGGACCGUAUGUCCAAACUAUCGUGGAUCCACACGAAGACCCAGCGGACCAUGAUGCAGACGGAAAAUAUUUCGAUAUCGUUGGUUUCGACCCCAGAGGCGUCAAUAACACUACUCCUCGCCCGACGUGCUUCCCUGAUCCCAUUGCGGAGCAUAACUGGGCACAGUCUGGGCCUUCUGUCUUCAUUUCUGGUGCUUCUGACGUCUUGUUGAACCAGGAAUGGGCGAGGAAAGAUGCCGUGGGAGCUUCUUGCGCGGCAAAUCGUACUGACGGUGCCAACAUUGCUUAUCAUGCCAACACAGCCCAGGUAGUUCAGGACAUGGUGGCCAUUGUAGAGCGACAUGCAGAGUGGCGUGAGAAAGAGGUCAAGAGGCUCAUGGCCCCCUCCUGUUCGUCAGUCCUUGCUAGGUUGCCUCGGAUGGAACCUGCGGACCACCAGCGCAUCGCUGAAAGUUCAGCAUGGCAACGAAGCAGGGAAAAGCUCAACUAUUGGGGCUUUAGUUACGGUACCGUUCUGGGUCAAACCUUCGCCGCGAUGCAUCCUGACCGUAUUGGUCGUGUUGUCAUCGAUGGCGUAGUGGACGCUGCUGACUACUACAAGACUGGAUGGACGAGGAACUUACAGGACACAGAUCAAAUCCCAAGGAAGUGGAACGAUUACUGUCAGGGAAGUGGCUCGAAAGACCGGUGUUCAUUCUACUUUGAAGGCAUGCCGGCUAGUUACAUGUCGAGUAUCAUCGGUGUCAUCACCAACAGGCUUCGUAACAGUCCUAUCGUCCUCCCGGUCAGCGAGGAGGGUCCUAUGAUCUUUGAACACGCCGAUAUCAUGAGCAUGUUGGUCAAUGCACUGUAUGAGCCAUACCGGACUUCUGACGUCUUCUUCGAUGUUCUCGGCGGCCUAUUGGAGGGCCCGAACGUUACUAGAGCGACGGCGUGGAAAGCGAACCGCGUUCGGCAGAAGGUAUUGCUCUCAAAUGCAUGUGUGGACGACGGGCCCUUCUCCGAAACCUGCGUAGCUGGACAGUCUAGAUAUGUGCCUGGCGUUGCUAUUAGAUGUGCAGAUGGCGAUGAUGUCUCCAACGACACCAAAGAUGAGUACAAGGAAUAUCUGCAAAAACUGCAACGGCAGAGCGAUAUUAUGGGGACCAUGUGGAGCACGCUACGCCUUGCUUGUAUGGGCUGGAAGGCAAGGCCGGCUUGGGCUUACAAAGGGGCCAUUGAAGGGCGGACUACCUCCCCUAUCUUGGCGAUAGGGAAUACGCUAGACCCGGUGACGCCCUUAAGGAACGCACGCGGUAUUCCUGCCCUUUUCCCUGGAUCGGCGGUCCUCCAGCAAAACACCGAGGGGCACUGCUCUUAUUCCAACCCAAGCAUUGGAACAGCGAAAAUCGUGCGUGCCUAUUUCCAGAAUGGCUCUCUCCCAGCGCCAGGCACAGUCACGGAGCCGGAAUGGCGUCCUUUUCUCGGGUGCGUGAAUCCGUCUGGUUGCGAUAGUCGGAGAGAAGAAGAUGAGAAGUUAUGGAAGGCCCAGUCUAGUUGGGCAUUGGUAUAG